UGUUAUCGCAUUUGUUUUUAUCUUUAAUGUUUACUAUUGUCGUCGAUUCUGAACUUUAUACCAUUACAAAGUAAUUAUUAGUUAUACAAUUAUUACUUUAAAACACACAGAUGACUUCACUGGUAAAAGGUGUAGUGAUCGUUGCGGCCAAACGCACUCCGUUUGGUCGAUAUGGAGGAAAAUUCGUGAAAACUUCAGCAGCAGAACUGCAAAUAGUCGCUGCAAAAGCUGCGCUCGCAGCAGGAAAUGUUAAACCUGAACUAAUAGAUUCGGUGAUCGUUGGAAACGUACGCCUUCAAUCAUCUCCUGAAGGAGGCUUAAUUCCUAGACACGUGGCUCUGAAAAGUGGAAUUCCGCAAGACCGAACCGCUGUUCUAAUAAACAGACUCUGCGGCUCUGGUUUUCAGUCAAUCGUGAACGCUGCUCAAGAGAUACAGACAGGCAUGUCCCAAAUUUGUCUCACCGGAGGAACCGAAAACAUGUCCCAGUGUCCCUACAUUGGACGAAACCUACGUUUCGGUGUUCCAUUAGGGCAAAACGUGGUUCUAGAAGAUUCCCUUUGGUUGGGUUUCACUGAUACGUACGCCAAAAUGCCGAUGGCACUCACAGCCGAAAAAUUAGGAGCUCAGUUUAAGCUGACGAAAGAGGAAGUCGAUGCUUUUGCUCUUCGGUCGCAGCAAACUUGGAAAAAUGCGCAUGAUGGUGGACGGUUUAGUGAAGAAUUGACACCGGUGACUAUUGAGGGAAAAAAAGGGGCUGUGGUGGUAGAUGUGGACGAGCAUCCAAGACCUGAGACCACUCUAGACGGGCUUAAAAAACUGCCUACUUUGUUUAAAGAGAAUGGGCUGGUGACAGCAGGAUCUGCGUCUGGGAUAAGUGACGGUGCGGCGGCUGUGGUUGUAGCAAACGAAGAAGCUGUUAGUAGACACGAUCUUACCCCCUUGGCUCGAGUUGUCGCGUUUUCUGUGGUGGGUGUUGAUCCUACUAUUAUGGGAAUAGGACCAGUGCCUGCUAUCAAAAAUGUGUUAAAAGCAACCGGGAAAAGUCUCGACGAUAUUGAUUUAGUUGAGAUCAAUGAAGCAUUUGGUGCGCAAGCUCUUGCUUGUGUUAAAGGCUUGGAUUUGGAUAUUAAUAAAUUAAACGUGGAUGGUGGGGCUAUCGCGAUUGGGCACCCAGUGGGGGCUUCUGGGUCAAGAAUUAUGGGUCAUUUGGUGCACGAGUUGAGACGGAGGAAAGCAAAACUGGGAAUUGGGUCUGCGUGUAUCGCUGGUGGGCAAGGUAUUGCGCUGAUGGUUGAAGCUCUGUGAAAUUUUUAUAAUAGGACUGUACUGGAGUUAGCUCCGCCC